GUAGAUCGGUCAAAAAUGUUAUCAUUUGAUCCAAAAUUAUUUACUUCUGUCAAGAAUUUAUCAUUGGAAGAAAAAAUGUCCUUAAUUCGUAAACCUUUUCAGCCAGAGAAGCAUGAACUUCCUGGUGGCAAUUUUCCUCAAGAACACGGACAUCGUUUUAACAGUGAUCAAUAUUAUAAAUCUUUGCCAAAUGGUGGUCGUCUUUGGAGAGAUUGGUUAAGCUAUUCUCUGAGUAGCAAACGAUUUUAUUGUUUACACUGUAUUUUCUUUGGUAAAAAUGCUCAAAAAUCUUGGACCUAUGAUGGAUUUCAUGCAUGGCAACGUCUUACAGAUAUAGGUGGACAUGAAAAAACAGAAGUUCAUAUCAAUGCUUCAAUCGUUGUAAAAAUGAAAUAUUCAUCGAUGGCUAUUCUUCCACAAAUGUAUGCACAUAAAAGAAAUCAAAUAGCAGAAAAUCGUGAAAUAAUUCAUAUUUUAAUUGAUAUAACUCUGUUUCUUGGACAACAUUCCUUACCGUUUAGAGGUCAUCGAGAAGGCUGGUCUGAGCAAAUAAAAGGCAAUUUUAAAGACUUAGUAAAACUUGUUUGUAAAUUUUCUCCUAGCUUGGCUGUAUAUAUAGAACGUCUUCAAAUACAGGGAAGAAAUCAAAUAAGUUUUAUUUCAUGGCAGAGACAAAAUCAAUUAAUAAGUUCUGUUUCAAAAUGUAUAAAAGAAUCUAUAAAAAAAGAGUUAGGUCAUAACAAUUUUUUUAGUGUUUCAAUUGACACGACAUUUGAUAGCUCUAGAAGAGAACAGCUAGCAUUUAUAGUUCGUUAUGUUUGUACAAAUGAACAUUCUCCAGUCAUACGAGAACGGUUAUUAGGGCUUAGAGAAACAUCUAUGACUACUGGUCGACAAUUAUUUUCCGUAUUUCAAGAAUUAUGCAUAGAAAAUGAUUUGAAUUGGAAAUUACUACUGGUUGGUCAAUCUUAUGACGGAGCCAGCAAUAUGCGUGGUGAAUAUGAAGGACUACAAGCUUUUAUCAGAGAAAUAAACCCAUCAGCAAUUUAUACUUGGUGCUAUGCACAUAGACUUAGUUUGGUUGUUGUUCAAAUGUCAAGUUGUUCAGCUAAUGCAGUUGAUACAUUUGGGAAUCUAGAGCAGUUGUACUCGUUGAUUUCAACAAGUAAAAAGCGCGUAGCAAUAUAUGAAAAUAUGCAAAAAGAAAAAAAUCCUAAAGAGAGAGUGCAUAGACUUAAAAGAGUAGAAACUACUCGUUGGAUGUCAUACUCAUCAGCUUUGAAUACAGUAUUAUUAACAUACGACAUAGUCAUUAAUACAUUAGAACAGAUCAAAAUGAUUGAAAAUUCAGACUUUAAAGCAAGAUCUAAAGCUACGGGCUUAAUGGAUUUUUUUUUGUCUGAAAGAUUUAUUUUGACAGCAAUCUGUUAUAAAAAAUUAUUUAAUAUUUUAGACCCAGUGACAAAAAUUUUUCAAAGUCAAGAUAUUGAUUUAUUAGGUGCAGUAAAUAGUCUUCGAUCAGUUUCUAGCAGCCUUAAAAUCUUAAGAUCUGAUGAUGCAUUUAACAAUUUGUAUAAUGAAGCAAUUACAUAUAUGAACAAAUCGGAAUUUACAUUUACUCCAUUGCCCAUGCAGCGCAGUAGAAAGAAAAAGUUAUUAUCUGGAGAAACAACUGAAGACCAUACGUUUAUUGACCCAAAAUUACAGUUUAAAAUUAAAACGUACUUAAUCGCAAUUGAUUCAGCCAUUUCUUGUAUUGAAGACCGCUUCCAUUCAAAGUCUCAAGAAUUAUUGAAAGAUAUUUCAUUAUUUUCUGUUUCUGUGUUGAAAAAAACAAAAUCUGACCCUAACACAUUACCAGAUGAUGCAUUUAAUAAAUUUUGUGAUCUGUACAACAAAUUUAUUAAUCAUAAAGAUUUAAAAAAAGAAUACAUUCAAUUUUCAAAAUUAUUUUCUCAUUUUGAAUCUGCUAUGAUAGGCUCUCAAUAUAUUCAUCCUAGUUCUAGAGCAAAUGAUGAUGAAGAAAACUCUUCAGAUUUUGUAGAUAGUGAUGAUCAAGAAGUAGAAGAAAGUACUGUUGGUUUAAAUAAAAAGAAUAACCAAAAUUUGGGAACACUUCUUCAUGUAUUUAAGGUAAGUGCGUCCAAAGCCUUUAUUCGUCCAGCCAGAAAUCGUCAAAAUCUUCAUGUAGCUAUAAACAGCCAAGUAACAAGAAUAAUUAUUGAUCCUAAAACUAAGAAAGCAAUUGGAGUGGAGUUCAUUAAAAAGGGAAAAUAUAGAACAGUUUAUGCUAAAAAAGAAGUAAUUUUAUCUGCUGGACCCAUCAAUUCACCACAAUUACUAAUGUUGUCUGGUAUUGGACCAAAAGAGCACUUAAAGAAUCAUGGUAUACCAGUUAUCCAGGAUUUACCAGUUGGAAAAACUUUAAUUGAUCACUAUGGCACAUUGGCUUUAAAAUUUGAAAUAAAUCAAACUGGACCAGUACUGACGAAAGAGACAUUAUCAGACAAGCAUUUAUUUGAAGAAUGGUACAAAUAUGGUCGAGGACCAUUAACAGCACCAGCAGGAGCAGAUGGCUUAGGUUUUGUAAGGGCACCAUCUGGAAAAGAAAUUGAAUUGAUAUUUGGUCCCAUAUCAGAUGAACCAAAUGCGUUUUUAAUCGCUACUCUGCUAUUACAACCAGACGCUCGUGGAAGUGUAACUUUGAAAAGCAAUAACCCAUUAGAUCCACCCCUUAUGUCCUAUGGUUAUUAUGAUAACAAUACUACUGAUUUAGAAGACAAUGUUUUUGCACUUAAAUACGCAGUGAAAUUAGUAGAAGAAACACAGGCUUUUAAAGAUGUCGCAGGAAAACUAAGCCCAAUACCGUAUCCAAAAUGUGAAAACCUACCAUUUAAAUCAGAUGAUUAUUGGGCUUGUCUAUCAAAACACCAGACAAAUACCUGGCAUCAUCAAUGUAGUACCUGCAGGAUGGGGGAUGUUGUCAAUAACAAGUUACAAGUAAUUGGAAUUCAAGGUUUAAGAGUAGUGGACUCUUCAGUAUUUCCGCAUAUUCCGCAUGGACAUACUUAUGUUCCAACUUUAAUGGUUGGUGAAAAGGGGGCAGAUAUGAUUCGAAACUUUUGGUCAAAGUAAUUUAUUAGUAUAAAGUAUUUUUUUGCACUAAAAAAUGAUAAUUAUUUAUUAUGUUUAAUAUUAUAAUAUUUUUUAUUUAUUCUUAUAUAUAUUGUAUUCUAAUUUUCGAACUAGCUAAAUAUUUAGGUGUUUGAAAAAGUUAUAUACCUAAUACCUAGUUGUUUUUGAAAAAAAAAUAAAAUAUAUUUAGUAAUAUGUAAAUAAUAAUUUCGUAUUUUACACCAAAAUUAUUUUAAAUAAUAGUAGAGAAGUAACAAAUAAGUAACCACUCUACUUUAUUCUAGAAGUCAAGUUUAUUUUAGGUGUUUUGUUAUGAUAGUCAUUUUUUUUUACAUUAUUAGUACCUAUUACGGUAGGAUAUAUGAUUUUUUUUUUGUCGAAAACAUUGUCUUUAUUAUAAUUAUUCACAUGUAAUUAUUUUCAUUUCUAUUAUUGUUAUAUUACUGAAUCAAAGUUAACUAAUCGUAGAAAUAUACGCUACGUUUGUUUUUUCACGUUUUAAAUAGUACAAUGAUAUCAUAAAACUAAUUCAAAUGUUUUGAAAAAGCCAUUGUUUAUAUUAUUAUAAAAUAAUGUACCUAAUGUAUGUUAAUGUUUAAAAUAUCCAUACAAAAAUAUUUUUAAAUUACAACAUAAUAAUUAAAAUUAUUGAUAAAUUAACAUCUUUACGCGCCACUUCUUAAAAAAAGUGUGUGUUAAAAAAUGGGUCUAGCGAGUGAGUUGGUAUAAAUUCGAUGUCACGAAAAACUGUAACGGAAGUUUAAUGGUUGCCCAUCAAUAAUUUAUAACAAUAUAAUAUAUUUUUAAUACAAUUUUAUAUUAUAUAUCCAGAGAGUGCUACACAGCGGCAAAGAAAUCGGCGAGCUCAUAUUAGAUGUUAACACAUCAAUAUUGAGAGUCAAAUACAAACUCUGACACACACAUUUUUUUUUUUUUUU